AUGGAGGCCGAGCGAGCCAAUGUUUAUUCUCUUUUCCCCACAGCGCGAGACGAAGCGAUGCCCUUCGACUAUCAGCAACCUCAGCGCCGCCAGCAGCCUCAGCAGCACCAGCAUCAGCCCAACGUCGAGCUGGUGGACCAUUACGUCUUCAACGAGCACUUCAACUUCGCCGACCCUGAGUUUAGUAUCAUUCACCAGUGUCGGCCAGAUUUGCUCAUCUCUCGGAUCUACCGCGCGCCCAUCGACCACCAGCCCGCCAUGGCCAGCCCGCCGCUGGACGAGAUGGCUCAGUUCCAGAAGCUCUCUAACGAGUACGAGCCAGAGCUGCAGGGCCCUCUUGUUGGCGUGAAGCAGGCCAGCGCUGCGCUCAGCCAGGAGUAUGCGCAGGCUGAUCCCGUCUUCGUCGCAAAGACGGCGUCGCUUGCCCACACUCACUCGCACUAUCGCAUCAUGAAGGGUGAUGGCAAUUGUGGAUGGAGAGCUGUGGCCUUUGGCUAUUUUGAAAGCCUGUUUGCCCUGCGCGAUCAUGGCAAAGUCGUUCAAGAGUUUGCUCGAAUCAAGGGCUUUAACGAAUUGUUGAAUGCCGUGGGCUACCAGGAGCAUCUGUACGAGACUUUUGCUGAUGCCACGUUGGACCUCUUAAACGCCAUGGCCGAGCAGAUUGCCAAAAACAACCAGGACGAGACGUUCAUCGUCGAGGCAUUUAACAAUGAGUGGAACUCUAACGCCCUCAUUACUCACUUUAGGCUGAUGACGAGCUCAUGGAUGCGGCUCAACCGGGGAAGAUACGAAGCUUUCCUGCCCGUCCCACUUGAACAGUAUUGCUCAGAAAGAGUCGAUACUGUGAAGACCGAGAUUGAUGAAAUCAGCCUCCAGGCUUUAGUUGAUGGCGUCAUUGAAGAAUCGGGUUUCGAUGUUCAGAUUCUCUACCUUGACCGCAGCCAGGGUGACAAGGUCAACGCGCACCAGCUCACACCGCAGCGCACUGAUUCUCUCGGGGUUAUCAAACUCCUGUACAGACCUGGCCAUUACGAUCUCCUCUAUGGCACGGCUCAGUCGCCAACUCCCGUAAACUAUCAGUUUUCCAUGACCUGCGACUACUCUCCCUGGUAUCCUAACUCUCUCAACUUUGAUCUGAACGCAGUCUUAAUGGCUGUCCCAAGCCUCCCUCUAGACCCGGCAACUGCUCCUUCUCCAUUCGAGGAACACGCAAGCAUCUACCUUCCCAGCCGCUCUCCUCCACCACCACCCCAUCAUCCACCACCACCACAGCAUCUGCCACAGCAACAACUACCACAACAACAGCUACCACAGCAACAACUACCGCAACAACAACAGCUCCCACAGCAACAGCAGCAACUCCCACAACAACAACAACCACCAUCAGGAGACAUGUCCUCUGAACUACCCAUCCGAAUGAACCCGCUUGUCGAUCCAGAAAUGAACUGUCUGCCCUUGACCAUUCCGUUUAGAAACUCCCACUUCAACCAAGCCCACUUCCUCAAUUCCGAGUUUCAGCCCUCUCAAUGGGACCCCAGCGAAAUUAACAAACGAGAGAAGAAACCCUCCAGCCGCUCCGGCUCUUCCUCUGAGCCCUCUGAUCCCUCUGAGCCCUCUGACCCUUCUGACCCCUCUGACUCCUCCGAGUAA